AACGCGGUGCUGUAGCGACGGCCGCGGCAGCCAUGGUCGAGCGGUCCAACAUGGUGGAGUGUCCCUUCUGUGAUGAGGUCUCCAAGUACGAGAAGCUCGCCAAGAUCGGGCAGGGAACCUUCGGGCAAGUUUUCAGAGCCAAACAUUGUCAGACAGGCAAGAAAGUAGUGUUACUAAAAUCUCGGAAUGAAGAACUUACCGACACCAAUCGAGUCCUCUCACGAUCAAUGCACACCAGGUCUCAAAAUCAGUCUCCAUAUAUAGAACUUAUUCAUACAUAUUCAUUAAAUAUUCAUGCGUAAUCAUAAUAUUUC